AGGAAAGAAAAAGGAGAUCCUCUCAACAUUGCAAUUGACAAGAUGACCAAGAAAACAAGAGAUCUGAGGAGACAGCUUCGGAAAGCCGUGAUGGAUCACAUAUCUGAUUCUUUCUUGGAAACCAAUGUCCCUUUGCUGGUUCUCAUUGAGGCUGCCAAGAGUGGAAAUGAAAAGGAAGUGAAGGAGUAUGCCCAGGUUUUCCGUGAACAUGCCAAUAAACUAGUGGAGGUUGCCAAUUUGGCCUGUUCCAUCUCUAACAAUGAGGAAGGGGUGAAACUAGUCAGGAUGGCAGCUACCCAGAUUGACAGCCUAUGUCCCCAGGUCAUCAAUGCUGCCCUCACUCUGGCUGCCCGGCCACAGAGCAAAGUUGCUCAGGACAACAUGGAUGUCUUCAAAGACCAAUGGGAAAAGCAGGUCAGAGUGCUGACGGAGGCUGUGGAUGACAUCACAUCAGUGGAUGACUUCCUCUCUGUCUCAGAAAAUCACAUCUUGGAGGAUGUGAACAAAUGCGUGAUUGCCCUCCAAGAGGGGGACGUGGAUACACUGGACCGAACAGCUGGGGCCAUACGGGGCCGAGCAGCCCGGGUCAUUCACAUCAUCAAUGCAGAAAUGGAGAACUAUGAAGCUGGGGUAUAUACUGAGAAGGUGCUGGAAGCUACAAAAUUGCUUUCAGAAACAGUGAUGCCACGCUUUGCUGAACAAGUUGAGGUUGCCAUCGAAGCCCUGAGUGCUAAUGUCCCUCAACCAUUUGAGGAGAAUGAGUUCAUCGAUGCCUCACGCCUGGUGUAUGAUGGUGUUCGGGACAUCAGAAAGGCUGUGCUGAUGAUCAGGACUCCAGAAGAGCUUGAAGAUGAUUCUGACUUUGAGCAAGAAGAUUAUGAUGUGCGUAGUCGGACAAGCGUUCAGACUGAGGAUGACCAGCUCAUUGCUGGGCAGAGUGCACGGGCCAUCAUGGCUCAACUACCACAGGAGGAGAAAGCAAAAAUAGCUGAGCAGGUGGAGAUUUUCCACCAAGAAAAAAGCAAGCUGGAUGCUGAAGUGGCCAAGUGGGAUGACAGCGGCAAUGAUAUUAUUGUGCUGGCCAAACAGAUGUGUAUGAUCAUGAUGGAGAUGACAGACUUCACAAGAGGCAAAGGCCCAUUGAAAAAUACAUCUGACGUCAUUAAUGCUGCCAAGAAGAUUGCAGAAGCAGGCUCUCGAAUGGACAAAUUGGCCCGUGCUGUGGCUGAUCAGUGUCCCGAUUCAGCAUGUAAGCAGGAUUUAUUAGCUUACCUUCAGCGGAUUGCCUUGUAUUGCCAUCAGCUUAACAUCUGCAGCAAAGUGAAGGCUGAAGUUCAGAAUCUGGGAGGAGAGCUCAUUGUGUCAGGGACAGGAGUUCAGAGCACUUUCACUACCUUUUAUGAGGUAGAUUGUGAUGUCAUAGAUGGGGGCAGGGCUAGUCAACUUUCUACCCACCUCCCAACCUGUGCUGAGGGAGCUCCAAUCGGGAGUGGAAGCAGUGACUCCUCCAUGCUGGACAGUGCUACAUCACUCAUCCAGGCAGCCAAAAACCUGAUGAAUGCUGUUGUCCUAACGGUGAAAGCAUCUUAUGUAGCCUCAACCAAAUACCAGAAGGUCUAUGGGACAGCAGCUGUCAACUCUCCGGUUGUGUCUUGGAAGAUGAAGGCUCCUGAAAAGAAGCCCCUUGUGAAGAGAGAAAAGCCUGAAGAAUUCCAGACACGAGUUCGACGGGGGUCUCAAAAGAAACACAUUUCGCCUGUGCAGGCUUUAAGUGAAUUCAAAGCAAUGGAUUCCUUCUAGGACAAUAGGCUUCAAACAAGAAAGCUUUUUUCUUUCUGUUGCCCCACCCUUUCUUUCUUUUUCAUUUUGAUUCCAUUUUUGUAAGCAUACCUGCCGACUUGUAUGCCUCUGGCAUGGGGAAAUUAAGAGAACAGUGUCUGUCUGCAUGUAAGAUGAGAUGAGAUCAAUACUACUGGUCCGUAGGUAGCCUGGAGAGGGGACAGGUCAUUUUUGUCCUGAGGUGGCACGGAGCUGUCCUUAGCAACAUUCUCUUAAAGUUGGGCAAAGAGUUCACAGUGCAAUGUUCAUGGGAGUGGGAGGGUUGGGGAAAUAAACUUAACUCUACAAACGCAAACUAAUGCAUGCAAGAAUCAUUAGGUUGGCAGGUAUAUUCAUAAGUGAAAAACCUGGAAGUGUAAUGGUAGAACAUAAAACCUGUACUGCUUCUGUUUCGGUGCAAAAAUGUAGUUGCCAAUACGCUGAAGUGUGUGGCCCACAAAUUGAACACUUUAACCUCGAUGUCCUGUACCCAUGCUAUCAUGUGGAUUCUUAACUGAGGAGAAACUAACUUGUCCCUUCUGAAAUGCUUCUUUAAUCUGCACUCUCUUCUUUCUUCCUGGUAGUGCCAUUACUAGUGUUCUUCUUAUCAUUUUCCCCUCUGCUGAAGAUAAUAAACAUUCAUUUGAGACACCUGGAUACUUCUGCGGACACUGAUGACACAAAGUGGAGCUCAACUGUCCUUUCUUCUGUUCUUUUCUUUUAAUACUUGAACUCUGACUUUGCUAGACAUAGAAGGCUCAAUGGUGGAAUGUUAGCGCAAUGGAGAUUGACAGUGUGUGAAGGUUUAGAGGCAAAUGCAUAGGUGUGUAGCUUGGAGUGGUGGUAUCUAAUAUACCAUUGUAUUCACUGACACAAAAUAAACACAUUUAAUCUUGA